CCCGCAGUGCUUGGGCCAAACCGGACGGGAGCCGCGCCAUGGAGCGCUCCGAGGUCUCCUGCUUCUCGGCGGCCUUUAGCUGCACCUUCCUCGCCUCCUGCCUGCUCUUCUCGGCGUUCAACCGGCAACAGCGGGCGGCCUACAUGGACGAGGCCUUCCACGUUCCGCAGGCGCAAGCUUAUUGCGCGGGUCGGUUCCAGCAGUGGGAUCCAAUGAUCACCACUUUGCCUGGUUUGUACUUGCUGUCAGUUGGAAUUCUGAAGCCCACAGCCUGGCUGUUCGGGUGGUCUGAAAGUCUCUUCUGCUCUACAGGGAUCCUUCGAUUCAUUAAUCUGCUUUUCAGCACUGGAAACUUCUAUUUAUUAUAUUUGCUCUUCUGCAGGAUACACCAUAAAAAGGCUGCCUCUGGAUUCCAGAGAAUCCUGUCAACCUUGACACUAGCAAUAUUUCCAACUCUUUAUUUUUUUACAUUCCUUUACUAUACUGAUACAGGCUCCACGUUUUUUAUCCUCUUUGCCUAUUUAAUGUGUCUUUAUGGCAAUCAUAAAACCUCAGCAUUCCUUGGAUUUUGUGGGGUUAUGUUUCGCCAGACGAAUAUUGUAUGGACUGUCUUCUGUGGUGGAAGUGUUGUUGCAGAAAAGCUAAGUGAAGGCUGGAAAGUGAAAUUACUGAAAAGCAAAGAGAAGAAAAACUUACCAACACAAAACCUCUUUUCAGAAUCAAUCAGGAUUGUUAGAUUUGUCCUUGGGUACUUUACGUCAUUUAAAAACUUGAGCAAUCUGAUUCUCUUGAUAUGGCCAUACGUUACUGUAAUGGUGGCAUUUGCUACUUUCGUUGUCCUCAACGCUGGCAUCGUUCUUGGGGACAGGAGCAGUCAUGAAGCCUGCCUGCACUUCCCUCAGCUAUUUUACUUUUUUUCUUUUAGUCUUUUUUUUUCCUUCCCUCUUAUAGUGACACCCAGUAAACUUAUCAGUUUUCUCCAUUCUGUGAGGAUCUAUUUUCUGCGAUAUAGUAUCCUGACAAUUGUUUCUUUAUUCCUUGUCUGGAAAUUUACUUAUGCGCAUAAGUAUUUGCUUGCAGAUAACAGACAUUACACAUUUUAUGUGUGGAGAAAAAUCUUUCAGAGACAUGAGCUUGUCAAGUACAUGUUAGUUCCAGUUUAUAUAUUUGCUGGCUGGUGUUUCACAGAUGCACUGAAGUCAAAAUCUGUUUUCUGGAACUUAGUAUAUUUUGUAUGUUUGUUUGCAGUCACGGUUCCACAAAAGCUUCUAGAAUUCCGUUAUUUCAUUUUGCCAUAUAUUAUAUAUAGGCUUAAUAUUCCUAUGCCAUCACUUUUGAAUCUUUUCUUAGAGUUGAUUGUAUACAUUUUGGUGAAUGCAAUAACAUUGUAUUUCUUUUUGAACAAACCAUUUCACUGGCCAUUUAAUGAGGAAAUCCAGAGGUUUAUGUGGUAACACUUUGGUUUCUAAAACCUGUUCCAGAGCUUUUUGCUACAAAUAAGAAGUUACAAUUUCAAAACUUCAUCAAGGAAAACAAAGUAUUCUUUAUUUAUUUUUGUAAUGGAAUAAAUAUGAAAUGUAUAGGGUAUUUGCAGACACUGGACUGUUUUUAUAAGGGUACCAUCCGUAAUUAUUUCUUAAAGAUCAGGAAAAUUUUACCCACAUUCCCAAAAUAAUGUGAAUGUACAGAUAUUUUGAUCAUACCAGAAAUCAUAAAACGUGGACUGUUUUCAUUGUAUUGCUGUACAUGUGUAACAAGUGAUUGAAAAUAAGUUUGAUUUGAUGUCAGUCAAUUAUUUUCCCCAUGCUUGGGUAAUAUUGUUUCAUGUUUGUAUACAGUGACAUUUAAUUUUUUUAUAAUGUUUGGGGUCCAGGGGUCCAGCUAAAAGUCACAUAAUUAUCAGUUUAUUGCAACUAAUAUGAAUGAGAGAAAUGUGCCUCGUAUUAAGGCUGAAAUCUUGGACAAUUUUCUGGCAGGAAACUUUAAAGCAGCGGGGCUAUGUAGAAAUGGAUAGGAUUAUGCUGUGAGCAAGAAGGAAAUUGAUUAUGAACUAGAGAACCAUAAUUAAAUCACAUAUCAUGGGUAGAUAUUAUAUAAUAGCCUUGAUUUGUUAACCACUGAAAGAAAAUCUAGAUACCCUAGUUUGCUAUACCAAGGACACUAAAUUUGUAGUCUCAGCAUAAACCAUAAAUCUUAAAAUACUUCACUAAAUAUUUAAAGCUGUACUGUGUGUACAUUUUCCUAGAGCUGUAGUGGCGCAGUGGUUAGAAUGCAGUAUUGCAGGCUAGAUCUCCCCACAGCCAGGAGUUCGAUCCUGACCUGCUCAAGGUUGACUCAGUCUUCCAUCCUUCCGAGGUUCGUAAAAGGAGGACCCAGAUUGAUGGGGGCAAUUAUGCUGACAUUGUAUAGUGCUAUAGCUAUUGCUAUUCCUGAAAGCAGUCUCCAUUGAACUUAAUAUAUCUUCUCAAUUAACAUGCAUAGUACACCUACAGUCCUAAGUAUCCUUUUUAGAAAUUGUUCUGUUGAACUAAGAAUGAUUUUAUAUAAAAAGUUACCUAGACUCAAUUUUAUCCAUUGUAAAUAUUCUACAACAUUUGAGAAUUGAUAUUCCAUUUAUAAUAAACAAUGGUAGGCAAUGCUUAAAAGUAAACCAAGAAGGCUUCAGGCCUCUUACCAUUAUUAACAAAAUGCCAGUUCUCAGUGAUAUAGGACAACAGUACUGCUAAUUGAUUUUGUCUGAACAUAAUGUCAAACUAUGGCAGUUAAAAUGUUUUUUUAAAUAAAAUCUGAGAUUGUGGAAUUCUAAUAAUAAAUUUGCAUGCUACAUGCCAAAAAAUCAAAAUCAAAUCAAUGUUCCUUAUAUUUAAGGGCUAUAAUACUUGAUAGAAGCAUAUUUAAGAUGUGAAAACAAAUAUUUAGAACUAUACUCAAUAAGAACACUUAGCAAUGAAUAAGAUGAAAAUUUUAAUAUAUUUUUUCAUCACAACCCAAAUAUUAAUACUCUUGUGUUAAUAAGCAAUAAAUGAUAGAAUUUGUUUUA